AUGGAUGACCAGCAAAAAUAUUCCUACAUGAUAGAUUCAAUAAAAAAAGAACAUACGCAAAACGUAAGAGACAUGAUAGAGGAAUUUGGUUUAUCAUUCUGUCCAUUGCUGGAUGAUGGGCAUGAACUACUUUCUGCUGCCGUUGAAAGAAAUCAAGUAGAAAUGGUGGCAUAUUUAUUGCGGAAAAAUGCAAAAGUUAACAGCGACCGUGAAGUCCUGUCGCCUCUUCAGAUAGCCGCCAUGUUGAACAACACGAUAAUUUUCAAAUUGCUUCUGGAACACGGUGCUAAAAUAAGUGAUUACAAUAUUUAUCAGAAUAACUCACUAAUUAAGUUAGCAGUUGAGCUCGGCAAUGUUGACAUCGCGAAACUAAUCGUUGAGCACAAAAAUUUUGGAAAAAAAUAUGAUCAGUUUUUACUGCAUACGGCUGUCAAGAAUGACAGCUUCCCAAUGGUCACAUUUUUAUUAGAAAUUGGAAUGGAUGUCAAUGAAUAUGAUAACGACAGAUUAGCUCCAAUUCAUCACGCAUUAAUAGUCGACAACUAUGAUAUUUUGCAAUUAUUAUUAAAUUAUGGAGCAGAUGUUAAUGCUAAAAAUAAAUAUGGAGAUACUCCAGUUUCUAUGGUUCUAAUGCUACCGAAUACCGGAUAUUUUGAAAGUUCUGAUAUUUUUGGAGUGUCUAUCUUUGGUAAUACACAGAAUAAAAGUAAAUUGGAUAUUCUCCUAGAUAAUGAUGCAGACAUAAAUGGUCUUGAUAUCCGUAAAUAUUUCCCACCUAUUCAUCGUCGUCUUCUUCGCUUGCAUUUUUCUGCUAAUGGUGGUGUUGAAAGCGGUACUACGAGAAACAAACAAAGCAUCAUUAAACAUAUUGUAAAAUUAAGGAGUCGAAAUGCACCUCUAUCUGAAACCAAUAACAUUCUCCUGUCUUCUCUUCUUGAAGAAAAACCGUUGGAUGAUUAUAAAAAAAUAUGUGAGCUAGAAAUGUCGAAAAUUAUCACGGAAAAAAUACCAAACUCGGGGCUUUCGCUUCAUAAUAUUUUGAGCAAAAAUAGUCAUGUUUUAGCUGCGUAUGCAAAAAAUAAAAAUCAUGAGACGUUCAUAUUUUCGGAUGAAGUUUCACGACGAUUUCCGAUUUAUGGAUCGGUGAUAAAACUUCGCUUUUCGAAAGGAUUAGCAAGGAAAAAUUUACUGGAAAAAAGUACUACAAUUUUUUAUGAUCUUUUUCCCGUUGCGUCUAAAUUGUUGUCUAAUGCCGUCGAUAAUGUAUUUGAAUGUUUAGAUAAUAAUGAUUUAAGACAUUUUUUGCGCAUGUUCCAACAAGAUAAUUAA